AGGCUCUGCGCUCAACUCGAGCUGCGUGUUUCUUGUGCUGACCUGCAGGCUGCAGGGUAGGCAGCCGGCUAGAGACACGACAGCUACCUUGGAGGGACCCGCCGGCCUACAGGGAUCAGGCUUCACAGACGUAGAUUCAAGUCCAACAGACCGCUACUACCGAAAACGGAAAGCCUUGGGCGGGCUGCGAUUGGACGCGGUGCUAGAAGGGGAAGCCGGAAACUGGUGGCGCCCGGGAUGGCUGAGGCGGCGGCUGUCGCGGGCGAGUCCCUUGGGGGUGGCAGAGCGCGGGCGGCGCGCACUGUCCUAGGUCAGGUGGUGCUCCCGGGUGAGGAGCUUCUGCUGCCGGAGCAGGAGGAUGCAGAUGGUCCGGGAGGUGCAGGGGAGCAACCGCUGCGCCUAAAUGCCGGGGCGCGCUCCCGGGUGCGCGUUGUGUGCGGUCCGGGCUUGCGACGCUGUGGCGACCGCCUGCUGGUCACCAAGUGUGGCCGCCUCCGACAUAAGGAGCCCAGCAGCGGUAGCGGCGGCGGCGUUUACUGGGUAGACUCGCAGCAGAAACGGUAUGUUCCAGUGAAAGGAGACCAUGUGAUUGGCAUAGUGACAGCUAAAUCUGGAGAUACAUUCAAAGUUGAUGUUGGAGGGAGUGAGCCAGCUUCUUUGUCUUACUUGGCAUUUGAAGGUGCAACUAAAAGAAACAGACCAAAUGUGCAGGUUGGAGAUCUCAUCUAUGGACAAUUUGUGGUUGCUAAUAAAGAUAUGGAACCAGAGAUGGUCUGUAUUGACAGCUGUGGACGAGCCAAUGGAAUGGGUGUGAUUGGACAGGAUGGUCUGCUUUUUAAAGUGACUUUGGGCUUAAUUAGAAAGUUGCUAGCUCCAGAUUGUGAAAUCCUACAGGAAGUGGGAAAACUCUACCCACUGGAGAUAGUAUUUGGAAUGAAUGGGAGAAUAUGGGUUAAAGCAAAAACCAUUCAGCAGACCUUAAUUUUGGCAAACAUUUUAGAAGCUUGUGAACACAUGACAACAGAGCAAAGAAAACAAAUCUUCUCUAGGUUGGCAGAAAGUUGAUAUAUGUGGACUUCUUUAUGGGUCAGUUGAGCUAAGAGACUGUGGAUUUCCUGGGGAAAAUUUUUUUCAGAUGAACCUCUCCCCAUUAAAUCUUCAGAAGACAAAAUGUAAAUGUUGUCUUAUGAGUCUUAAAAUAUUUUUAUAAAAAUGUCACUGAUUGCCACCCAUGUUCUUGUGGGUGAGAAAAAUUUUUAUAAAAUAACAGUGUGGUUUUUUAGUUCUUUACAAUAAAGUUUACUAAAA